UAGUAAACAUUUUCUUUCUUCUUUUCAGCCAAACUCUGCCACAAGACUUGUUUCGAAGAAAGUAAAUGUUCUGAGAUUGGUAAUGAUGCCAUUAAGUGUUCUUGCAAUUCAUCUCAGUACUAUCUAAGCAAUGAAUGCAAAGACGCAAGCUGUUUGUUUCAAAGCCUAAGAAGUAACUGUCAACGAGAAUGCCCUAACUCCAAUAUGAAACGUGAACGUGGAAUCUGNAAACCAGUAAAAUCAGAUGAAGCAAAAACAAUUAUUCCCUGCACAUUGCAAUGUGGACCAUAUGGCUAUUGCUUUAAAGGAGAAACAGAAGAUACAAAAGAAACAUGUGUUUGCAUAAAAGAAGCGGUUCUUGUAGUUAAUGGUGAUAAAAGUACUUGUGAACUAAGAAGAGAAUUUGUGUGUCCAAGUGGUGUAGAAUUGACUAAAGAUAAGACUAAAUGCAAUUGUAAUGGGAAAUUCAAGGAAUCAGCGAACAAGAUUACGUGCGAACGUAAGUUUUUAACUUUAGUUUCAUUCUUUGGAGAAUUUUCAAAAAAUUGCUUCCUUAAGGGUGUCGCAAGCCCUCAUGCCUCAUGGCAAGCUCAAAAACUGUUUUCCUAUGGCUUUGCAAGCGCAGAAAUAUUAACUUUUUGUUUUUAAAAACUUUGAAGUAGAUGUAAUCUGUAACUCGAGAAGUGGCUUGUCGCUAUUAUCUUGCUUAAUCCCUUUAUCACCUUUUAAAUUAUCAUGAAUCAUCUCAUUUAAUGUAUAUUCAUCAUCUUUAAUAUUGUCUUUUAUCACCUUGUAGUUAAAAUCAAUAAAUAUAAUUUGAUACUCAGAAAAGGCGGUCCUUAUAAGGUAAUUAGAAACUUUCCAUUACCUCUAUAUUAGACUGAAAAAACAAGAAUUAAUUAGAUUGAGCAAAGUACUUUGCUCCUUUUUUUAAAAGUUGAAUUGAUGCUUCUUUUAGAUAUUAAAUGUAAGUGCAAGCAAAGGUAAAAAAUAAAAAUAGAUAAUGUUCAUUUGCGAAUAUUGUUUUCUGUUUCAUAUUUUUAAGAUCAUUUUGUGAAAUAAAUAUAAUUAUUAUUAAAGAUAAGUUUACCCAACUUUUGGGAACAUUAGAAAAAAUAUGCGAACUAUGGUACCAGUGAAUUGAUUCAUAAAAAAGAAAUAGAUGGUUGUAUAAAAGGAUGUUUUGGGGAAUAAUCCAGUUAAAAAGCAACAUAAAAAUGUAUUUUGUGAUUAUAGUGCAUUUGCAAUCUAAAUAAAGUUUAAACUUCAUGUCUAAAACCAAUCAAAGCAUUUCAGUCUACUAAAAUCAACUGAAAUUGACUUAAAGAAUCAAAUUACACGUUUCAUAUAAUGCAAAAAGUAAAUAAAUUAAUUAUUCUAAUGCCAGCUACUAAUUUUUUUAAAAAAAAAAUAAGGCUUUAGUAUCAAGUUGCAUAAAAAUAACUAUUCAACAAUGCCUAAAAAUGUUUACUAUAGGAAUAAUCGAAUGAAAUAUUUUCAAACUGGGCAGUAAUAAAUCUUAAUGGGACA